AUGAAUCAAGGCAAACAGUAAUCUACCAUCAUUAAGACUCUCUAUUGUGUUUUGAUUCCGCUUGAAUUGAUAUCUUAUGAUAAAAUGACAGAACAAUGAAACAUUAGAAAAUAAUCAGAGCAGGAUUAAUGUAUUCAUCGACUGAGCACAAGGAACAGACAGGAAAUUCUUACAUAGCCUUAUGCUAAUAUUUUCCAGGUCUGCCUAAUCUAACUCAAUCACUCAGUGUUUGUCAUGAGCACUGCCCCUUUAUCUUUAUUUCCAUAGCUUUUUCGGUGUAUGUCAAUUUUGGGGUCAAACCAAGUUUUCACAAAAGCAACAUUCAACUACUUUGAAGCAUCAUGCUUGGUUAUGGAUGCUCUGGGCAAUUUCCGUGGUAACCAGGAUAUUUGUCAGCUGGCUAUACAGCUAUGUGCAAAUCUGUGUGCUAAGCUUACCAAGGAAGAAAAAUUUGCUCUUGGCUCAGAGAAAAACAUUAUGACCAUGUUUAAUAUUAUUCAAGAAAAGAUCAGUGCAAGACAGGAGGAUCUCACAUUGAGCAAUGCAUUUACUGUUCUAAAGGAAUUAACUGAGGAGACACCGAGCACUUGUUCUCUGUUUGUUGAGAAAGGAGGUUUUCAAUUGAUGGUGCAAGGCCUGAAGGUGUUCAGAGAAGGAAGCCAAGAGAAAAAUUUUGGAAUCAAAAAUGAUCUUCUUAUGGAACUGAACAUAAUAGCUGAGGUUCCAAGUCUGAGGCAUUUACUCAUCACAGAUGAAUUCAUGAAUCUUAUAGGGUCUCUCCUGGAUGACGGGCUUCUCCAAUUGUCCUAUUUUUGUGGUGGAAUUUUGUCCAAUGUUAUGUUGGAGUGGUCUGAUGAUAGAGAGCUACUUUCAUACAGCAAACAGUAUUUACUUCAUAGGCUGGAACAAGCUGUGAAAAGUUGGGAAUUUCCUACAGACAAGUUUGUUGGAUAUCAGUCAUUCAGAUCUUUUGUCCCACUCCUUCUGUGCGCUAUGCCUGCUGCACAGAUGUGGGCUUUGUGGGGAAUCAUAAAUGUCUGCAUCAGCGACAGUAAGCACCACUUGAUCUCAAAUUGUUUGAACAGUGGCCUGGCUAAUAAACAACUCAGACAGGAUGAUGCAUUUGAUUUUUGUGAGGUUGAGCUUAGAUGGAAACCUCUAUUUGACCUCAUUGAUUGUGCUCACAUAAAUUCCUACUCUCCCCCCCCCUUCCAUUCCUUUCUAUGCAGGCCAGGCAGGGUACCUUGA